AUGCCAUCAAACGAAGGCCUCAUCACUCUCGCGCGUCGAUUCCGCGUCCUCAUCGCAGGCGCCUCCUACGGCGGCCUCAGCGCAGCCCUCACCCUCCUCGACCUCUCCCGCGGCAAGCUCGCCCGCUUCAACUACGACUCUGAGAUCAAACCGCCACAGUACCACAUCCCAGUAGACAUCACCCUGGUAGACGAGAAAGAUGGAUUCUACCAUCUAAUUGGAUCCCCAAGGGCGCUGGCGGACGAGCAAUACGCCUCGGAUACGUGGACGCGCUUCGGAGACAUCAAGGCUCUCCAGUCGCCACAUGUGCGCUUUAUCCGGGGUAGUGUCAGCGCUAUCGACUGCAAGAGCAAGACGGCUACGAUCCUCGACUCGGUGAGCAAGACGAGCAGGGAAGAAGGGUAUGACUUCUUCAUUGCGGGGACAGGGCUGCGGAGGGUAUUUCCUACUGUUCCGCAGAGUCGAACGCGGGAGGAGUUUCUGGCGGAGGUGAGGAGGUAUACGGCCGAUGUGGUGAAUGCUCGGCAGGGAGUAGUUGUUGUUGGUGGAGGCGCCGUUGGAACGGAAAUGGCAACGGAAAUCAAGCUGCUCUAUCCCCAGCUGAAUGUUACGCUGAUACACUCGCGUGAUCGCCUUCUCGCCGCUGAGCCUCUGCCGGACGAGUUCAAGGACCGCGUGGGGGCGGUCAUUCGCGAGACAGGCGUUGAGCUCAUCCUGGGCCAGCGCGUUGUCAGUACCACCGCGGUAGAGGAGAAGACGGGGCGAGUCUGGAGUCUGACGCUGGCGGACGGCCGCGUGAUCAAGGCGGGCCAUGUCCUCAGUGCGGUGUCGCGGUGCACGCCUACCUCGUCGUAUCUGCCACCGCAGGCCUUGGAUGACGAGGGUCACGUUAGGAUUCAGCCAUCUCUGCAAUUCCCGUCGACGAUCGCGAAUGCCAGCCACCACUUUGCCGUCGGCGACCUGGCCGCCUGGUCAGGAAUCAAACGCUGCGGUGCGGCGAUGCACAUGGGCCACUAUGCGGGAUAUAAUAUCUACCAGUUGAUGCUGGCCAAGUGCGUCGCCUCCAAGCCUGCUUUUCAGGAACUGCAGGAGAUUCCGCCCAUGAUCGGGCUUUGCCUGGGUAAGACGGCUGUCUCGUAUCACCCGGUGGACGGAGUCAAGGAUGGCGAGGAUAUUCUGGCGUCCAUGUUUGGGGAUGAUAUGGCGUACAAAGUGUGCUGGAAUUAUAUGCGGCUGGCGGAGCCAUGGGAUGCCUAG